AUGUCGAAGACGGUCGAACUGUCGUUCGUCACCAUCUUCGUGGCACUACUUGGUCAGAUGUUGAGUCGACGGGCAUUCGCCAAGGAGAACAAGAACGGUGGCAUCAGUAUUGCCGAGAUGACCAUGAGAUCGUGGGUCAUGCAACCUGGAACGUUGAUUACGAAUUGGAUAGCAGUCCGAUAUGCCGCUUCUACCAUUGUCGGCAUUCUGGUCUUGAUCGCCGCACUUGCGGCCACUUUCUAUACUACAGCAGCUGAAGCUCUUGUAGCACCCAAACCAAAGUUUGGCCGCCUCGAGCAUCGGACCCUCUUCGGGAGGGUCGCCGCAUCCUACGCUAAUGCUCCAUACCUCGCUGGCAGGUGUCAGAGUCCCAUCCACGGCGAAGGUAUCGACCCCAACUUGGGUUAUGAUGUCGAAGGAGACACUUGUCUCCAAAUCGAUUAUGCGGGUCAAAGCUAUCACAACCUCAAAACCUUCCUGGCAGACUGGUCCCAGCGGCUCGACGUCGGCAAUAUGAGCUCUGACCUCAGUUCUAUUGUUGGCCGCCCUCCCCCCAUCAGCACCCUCUUUGACAACACGACAUUGCUCGGUCAAUGGAUUACCCCGAGUCACGAGAACGUCACUGCCGAUUCCUUCAAGCACCAGCGGAUCGUCCAGAACGUCACGCUAGCGAUGCCGCAUGCAAACCUCUUCAAUGCCGCUCGGGAUCCAAAGAACCACAUCUUGCAACCCGAGGACCUCCAGGGCAACGGCGAGUACUCUAUUCGAGCCGCGAUCCCAGCACCCAUGAUCAACGUCCUAUGUGUGGGUAUGGAUGAGACGGAGGUGGAGCCUAUGAUUGUCGACCCUUCCAAUAUCACUGACCCUGCAACAUUUUACGUGGGCCCAACAGUGGUUGACGACAUAUUUGGCUUUGGGAACGGGACUGCGCCUCAAGUACAACAGCCGCCUUUCUUCCCAAAGUUGCCUUUGCCAUAUAACAUCCUGGGCUUUAUAUCGAGCGCCUAUGGGUACCCUGCAGUGUACGUCCUUGCUGCGCCCCCUCCCCAGGGCGCGAGAGAGUCAUAUUUGCCUUACAUGGAUUACAUGCUGUGCUCCGUCCGAUCUGCACAGUAUCGCAAUUGCACCACCUACUACCACGUCGCACAGUCUGGCGGUCAGAUGUCUGUUGAAUGCGACAACAGCACGGGGAACACAUUCUCCUAUUUCAAAUCGGUCCCAGGUGCAACAAUCGGUCACUGGGAGACAGAUUGGAAAGACAUGGGCUCAGAAUGGCUGCGCUCUGUCUCCUUGAAUUCCGGAGUGUACAAUGCCAAUGCUUCCAACGCCCGCAUUCUCACGCAAUUUAUUCCCCCGUACUCCAAUGCUACGGGCGCUGACGCAUACACGUACCUGCCCAUCAACUUGCCUACGCUGGGAGAAGCCUUAGCCGUCUUGGCCAGCAGCACCGCUGUUUUAGCAUCUUCCACAGCACCAUUCGUUCACUUUUGGAACUACUCAGAACAGAUGCUUGAGGAGCCACAGUAUGAGGAAUUCCGAGCGAUGCUCAGCUACAAAGAUUAUGCUUCGGGUGGGACGCAGGAAUGGCAAGGUCUAUUCUACGUGGUACUCGUCGCCGUCUUCCUGCUCAGUCUCUUCAGCCUGGUUUACCUGUUGUGGACUUUCUGCUUGCUCGGCAGAGUCACUGACUACACGGAGCCACAAAAUCUGUUCGCGCUGGCCAUCAAUUCUCCGCCUUCCAGCACCAUGUCUGGAACUUGUGGAGCAGGACCGAGUGGUGGGCUUUUGGCGAAAAAGUGGGAAGUUGAUAUGCAAAAGUCAGGCAGCAGUCCGACGGAUCGGAAUAUGCAUCCUCACUUCUACGUGAGAUGCAAAGAUGAAACGGGCCCAGCGACUACUAAAAUCCGAGGGAAGAGGCGCAGCAGACCACCUACGAUUGCAUCUUUCUCAAUUGCCGAGUCACCAGCAGUCGAGCAGUACAUGCGGUUAUCAGGGAAAUGA